AUGAGCUCGCCGACUGCUGCUGAGCCCGCUGCGAAGCGACAAAAGCUCGACGAGCAACUGCUGCCCUUCCACUCGACCUUGCUCGCUCGCGACAACGUCGACCGGCUCAGGACGGCGCACGCUGCUUCGGCGCCGUACAAGCACGCCGUGGUGGACCAGCUGUUUGACGAGGACUUUUUGAAGCGUGCGAGGAAGGAGAUCACGGAGCAGCUCAGCUUCCGCUUAAAGGAGACGGACAUUUGUGUGUACGACACGAGGCAUCUUCCAAGACUUGGUCUGACGCCGCGCGCCCCGCAGAUCAACCAGACGGGCGACUUGUCCAACCUCUCCGGCCUCCCUGCCUCUGAACUCGCUCUUCUCCCGACUCUCCUCGAGCUCCGCGAUGCGCUCUACAGCAAAGAGUUCCGCUCCUUUGUCCAAGAGGUGACCGGCUGCGGCCCGUUGAGCGGGAUCAAGACGGACAUGUCGUGCGCCGAGUACAGCGAGGGUUGCUACCUUUUGAAUCACGACGAUGUUAUUGGCACGAGGAGGAUCAGCUUCAUCCUCUAUCUCGUUCUUGACGAGCCGGCGUGGCAGCCAGAGUGGGGAGGUGCGCUCGAGCUGUAUCCGGUUCUCGAGGCGGACGAGCAGAACCCCGACCGACCAAAUGUGCCCGUUUCGAAGCCUUCAGUCGUGAUCCCCCCCGCCUUCAACCAAUUCGUCUUCUUCGAAGUGCAGCCCGGCCACUCGUUCCACUCGGUCGAGGAGGUCGUCGUCGAGGGUGACAAGCAGAAGGGCGGAGUCGGCGCGCGUGUCAGCUUGAGCGGCUGGUUCCACAAGCCGAUUGAGGGCGAGGAGGGCUACGAGGGGAGCGACGGGUUCAAGCCGAAGAGCAGUCUGCAGCAGUUGUACGCCACGACCCUCUCCGCCGCAACCCCCUACCCCGAACUUCUCUCCCUUCCAUUGCCGACCAUCCCCUCCACCGCCGAGCUGGCCUACCUCCAGCCACUCGUCAACUCCGCCUAUCUCACACCAAAGGUCGUGUCGCACCUCCGCACCCAGUUCUGCGAGUCCUCGCACCUCGUCCUCGCCGACUUCCUCGCGCCCUCUCUCGCUUCCGAGAUCGAGGUGCUCAUUCGUGCGCGAGACGCAGAGAUGGAAAAGGGUCGUCGCGGAGUCGAAGUCGGCGGCUCGAUCACCAAUAAGGUGCCGUCUCACACGGCUGGCGAAAGCGAAGCAGACGGCUGGACUGUCGUCGGCCCUCCGCAUCUCCAGCGCUACCUCUCGCUCUCCCCCACCUCUACCACCGCCACUGACCGCCUCUCGUCUCUCCUCCGCCAAGUGCACGACCUCUUCACCUCCUCCGCCUUUGCAGCCCUCCUCGCAUCCCUCACCUCCCUCCUCCCAACAGCCUACACAACCGCAGUCCGCCGCUUCCGACCAGGUCUAGACUACACCCUCGCGCGCGGCGAGUCAGCGUCGGACGAAGCGGCGUCGGCGAAACUGGAUGUCGGGCUUGGGUUGACGCCGGAGUUGGAGAAGGAGGAGGAGAGGGAGAAGUGGGAGAGUGGGGAGGUGGGUGGGUGGGAUAUCUGGCUUGCGAAUGAGGAGGGUGGGGAUGAGGCGACUUACGGAGGUGGAGGAGCGAAGAAGGAGGAGAAUGGUGAUGGCGAGGCGGGCGAAAAGCAGGAGGAGCAGUUGAGCGAGCAGCCGGCGGAGGAAACAGGAGCCGAGGAAGAGGAGGAGGAAGACGACGGCCCGCUCCUCGCGCUCGAGCCGGAGUGGAACCGCCUCCACCUCGUCCUGCGCGACCCGGGCGUCCUGUCUUUCGUCAAGUACGUCUCGGCUCGCGCGCCGUCCAGCAGGUGGGACGUUGUCGGCGAGUGGGAGGUGCAGGGCGUCGAGGAGGAAGAGGAGGCAUAG